GCGGUGACUCACGGAGAGGCGGAGGCUGAGGCGGCCGCUCCUGGUGCUGCUGCCGCCGCCGCGGCUGCUUCUCCGGCUGAGCGCGCCCCGGAACAGGCCGCCGCGCUCCGGACCCGCAGCCCCCGGCGCCGCGCGUUCGGGCGGCCCAGGGCGGCACCUUCCUAUUUCUUCUCAGUCGCAGCCCUCCCCUUAGAGUUGAGCAUCUGUUUGCCUGAAGUUAAUUUCCAGAAGCAGGUGUCCCCAGAACUGGGCCAGGGGGAUGAACCGCGAGGGGGCACCCGGGAAGAGUCCGGAGGAGAUGUACAUUCAACAGAAGGUCCGUGUGCUGCUCAUGCUGAGGAAGAUGGGGUCAAAUCUGACCGCCAGUGAGGAGGAAUUCCUGCGCACCUAUGCUGGGGUCGUCAGCAGCCAGCUCAGCCAGCUGCCACAGCACUCCAUCGACCAGGGUGCAGAGGACGUGGUGAUGGCGUUUUCCAGAUCGGAGACGGAAGACAGGAGGCAGUAGCCGGAAGCCCCUCGGAACUCCCUGGAAGCUGAGAUGGCCAAGAGAUCUGUGUGGCUCCUCUGCCGGUUGAGUGGUAGCAAACCACCGUCUUCUUACCCUUUGCCCCCCUUACCCCAUCCGACCCUCCCCACCCAGCCGCCACUCAGCAGGGCUGGCAUCAAGGUGGUUUAUGAUUGGCUGAAGGGAUGGACUUGAGAUUGGCUGCAGGAAGAAACCUUUUUAUUUUUAAAUCUUGACCAACGGAAACCUUUUAUUUUUAUUUCUGACUCUUUAUUUUUUUAAACAUUUGCGCCUCGGUAUCUGGCUUCCCCGGAAGCUCUCCGAGCUCUGGUGCUUUAUUUAGGUCAUUUUUAGGAAUGUGAAGAGGCCUGAUUGGCUGCUUAAACUGGAAAAGGGUUAUGAUUGGCUGGCUAGUGGGACGUGGUCUUUUCUUUGAUUGGCUGCAGGUGUUCUGUUCACAUCAUCGACUUCCUCUGUUCUGAAAGCAGAAAACAGGGUUUGGGAUAUUGUUAUAUUUGACUUGAAAAAAAAAAAGAAAGAAAUGAAAUGCGCUUUGCAAUAUUAAUUACACAAAGAGCUGGCUGCUGCCUUCACGUAGUGGGUUUGUGUUUGGAUUUGAUUGGCAGUAAGAUGCGGGUUUGGUUUCCCAUUGGCUCACCCCUGACUCCCGUUGCUAUGGUCUUUCUUCCACUCUGCUGGUUACCUGAGGCCUGAGGGUACACCUGGAGAAUGCACGUGCUUUAAUGACCACACCUGCCUCCACCAGCGAAGGGACCCCAGGGACGUGAGCGGGGUCCACAGCUGGAGAACAGGGCCCCCAAGGGGCUUUGUGUUCUCCUGAGCCAGCAGCCCCGAGCUCAGGGGUGACCGGGAGGCAGGAUUGAUGUACUCAAUUCUAAGAGCUGGCAGCCAGCCAGUUUCCUGGAGCGAAUGGAUUGUGCGGAGCUCUUCAGGCCUCCCUGGCCAGCCCAUGCUAAGUACAGGAGUGCUGACCGGCAGCUCCAGCCUCUCUGCUGCCCCCUGUGUCUCACUUCCCCAGGUCUUGGCAUCCCCAGAUUCUGAAGAUUACGAGGGGUCUUUACUGGAGCCUUGAAUCCAAGCAGAUACCCCAGUUUCACUUCUAGAACCCCAGAGUUUUCAAACUUGACUCCAAGCACAACCUAGCCAGGCUUCCCAGGGCCCAUUGCCAGUGGCCGUAGUUCCCGGAUAGCAGAUGUGUUCUACCUGAGCCCAGGCCCCCAUUACACCGUGUAUCACCCUGUGUGUCAGCAUAGAAGGGGGAGUAGCAUGGCUUAUUUAUUAGGAAGCACCCACUUGGAAGACCAGCUAGACUUUCACACAGUAGGCCCCACCGGCUACUCAGAUCCAGCCCAAGGGUCACAUUUUAGAGCAGCGACUGAGAAGAAAGAUCUGGGUGGUCAUCCUAUGCCCACCAUGCCUUUCCUGGGAGUGAGAGAAACGAUGACGGCCCUUUCUGGUCCCGGACACCAUGAUCCGGAAAACACUGGAGCAACUUUUCCCUUCUUGGGGCUUAGGCCUCCCGUGUGGCAGGGAGUGUGCAGGACGCCAGUGCCAGCAGGUCUUGAGUUCAAGCCCUGGGGCACCUCCCUGUUGGUGGACGGUUCAAGCUUCCCAGACUUGUUCCAGGAGGAGAAUGUGAACAUCUGGUCCUUCAGCACAUCGGCCCUGUUAGCUGACAGUAACAUGCUCGCUUUGGCCAUUGAGCUCCAGGGAGCAAGGACAGUGGAGAAUCAACUCCGCCAACCCCAGCCUGACCAGCAAGAGCCUGAGAGGAGAGCGUCAUUGCUGGAGAGGAGCAGCAUGUGUGAGCCGGCACGGUAUGAACUCACACUGACAGACGGAUACUUGUUCUGCUGGCGCAGUGUGGCCUGGAGAUGUGGCUGGUCCCUUGGGCCUGUGUGAUUGUAUCUAAAGUCGGGUGUUGCCAGCUUCAGUUGGUUCCUGUGACUGCCUCGAGGCCAAGCCCUGGUGAUGGUGUGUGCUCUGUCUUAGCAGUGGUUCUCAGCUCAGCCUCUGAGGAAAAAAAGACGCAAGUAUCGAUGUGGCUUCUUAUUCUAACUGAAAGUCUAUCUAAUGGAGGAAAAAAAGAAUAACAAUAAAGAUUUUUCACAGCUUU